UUACUGCGCCAGGUAAGUACUCUCUUUGCUUUUCCAUUCAAUAAUGUUAAAUUGUCAAUUACCUCAAGUAAUAAAUGUAUUACUCCUUUAAGUACACAAAAAGAAGAGUAAAUGCUUGGCAAAAUGUGAAUUCAUUUAAUUGCCAUAGAAAACAGAGAGUUUCACCUUUUUGUCAAUAAUUGAAAAAAAUCGUAUCUAAAACUCAGAUUUUUGGCAUGUAGUUAAGACUUCUUUGGCAUGGAAAAUAUUUCUAGAAGCACAAAAAAUUAAAUUACACGAAUUCAACACAUAGCACUCCUUUUAGACAAAGUCAACGAUACACAUCCAACCGCACCAGCUCCACAAGACCAUCACACGGAAAGGAACCCUAAUUUACCAAACCACCCUCAUCAUCAACUCCACCACAAAGGGUCUUUCCGUCACUUGUACAUAUCUUAGAUCAAACCCCGGGAAAAAGAGGUUCGAAGAAGAACAGAUCAACUGCUCUCUACUUCUAACUCCCCUCAUUUACACCAAAACCCUCCAAAAUUAAAUUUAAUAAACCUAUCAAAAAUCGAAUAUUAACACUAGUUCCUAGAGAUAAAAUUAAACAAAGACGUUACCUUAUUCAUUUGAUUCGAUCUCUGUUCAUGAGCUAAUCGUUCAUGGCUGCCAUGUUACACCAGCCAUGGCCGUUUCCUCUACAAGUAACCAUACUUUUCUUCUUAUACGUCGUCGUUUUACCGUUUCAUUCCUUUUCACAAUCAGACUCGCCUCAAAACAUCGAGACUUUCUUCCCAACCAACGAACUCUCCCCGCUUCCUCCGCCGAUAAACCCUUCUCCGUCCCCACCACCGCCGUCUAAUCCUUCAUCAUCCUCAGACAGAGGAACAAUCACCAAGGCUGUCCUAAUAACAGCAGCAAGCACCGUAGUUCUCGCAGCAGCGUUCUUCCUCUUCCUCCAGAAAUGCGUUAUCGCGCGUCGGCGGCGACGGAGAGAGAACAGAAUCAACGUCCAGAACGUUUUACCACCGUAUCCUCCUCCGGCAAUAACGACGGUGGCGGCUACGCAGACUUUGGCUAGAGAAGGCUUCACGCGGUUUGGAGGUAACGUGAAAGGUCUGAUCCUCGACGAGAACGGUCUCGACGUGUUGUACUGGAGAAAUCUACAGAGUCAGAGACAGAGACGAAGCGGAAGUUUCCGGAAAGAGAUCUUCGCUGGAGAAGAAGAAGGGAGUAGUCAAGAGAAAGAAGUUAUAUAUUACAAGAACAAGAACAAGAAGAAGGAGCAGGUCACCGAGGUUCCUCUCCUCCGAGGAAGAUCAUCCACUUCUCAUAGUAUAAUCCAUAACGAUACUUUUGAGUUCGAAUCACCGCCGCCGCCACCGCCAAUUCCGGUGAAGAAAACUGCCCCAUCGCCACCGCCACCUCCGCCGCCAAUUCCGGUACAGAAAACUGCCUCAACACCGUCGCCACCUCCGCCGCCAAUUCCGGUGAAGAAAACUGCACCGGCACCACCACCACCGCCUCCGCCUAAGAAGGUCCCUUCGCCUUCUCCACCUCCACCACCACCGCCGAUGAAAAAGGCGGCGGUUUUGUCGACAUCGGGAUCUAAACCACCGCCUGCUCCGCCGAGAGGAGCAAGCGGAGGAGAGAGUUCGAGAAACGGUCAGGUGAAGCUGAAGCCACUACAUUGGGAUAAAGUAAACCCUGACUCAGACCACUCCAUGGUUUGGGACAAGAUCGACCGUGGCUCGUUCAGUUUCGACGGGGAUCUAAUGGAAGCUCUGUUCGGUUACGUCGCUGUCGGAAAGAAAUCUCCAGAACACGACAAACCAAAGUCAAACUCCUCCCCGACCAAAAUAUUCAUCCUCGAUCCGAGAAAGUCUCAGAACGUAGCGAUCGUGCUCAAGUCCUUAGGGGUGACACGUGAGGAGCUCGUGGAAGCGCUCGUUGAAGGACACGACUUCGCGGCGGAUACGCUCGAGAGGUUAGCGAGAAUAGCUCCCACGAAGGAAGAGCAAUCAGCGAUUCUAGAGUUCGACGGCGGCGACACGGGGAAACUAGCCGACGCGGAAGCGUUUCUGUUUCAUCUACUUAAAGCGGUGCCAACCGCGUUUACGAGACUAAACGCGUUUCUAUUCAGGGCGAAUUAUUAUCCAGAGAUCGCUCACCACGGUAGAUCGCUCCAGACGCUGGAUUUAGCGUGUAAAGAGUUGAGGUCUCGCGGUUUGUUCGUGAAGCUUUUGGAGGCGAUUCUCAAAGCUGGUAAUAGAAUGAACGCAGGAACCGCGAGAGGAAACGCUCAGGCGUUUAAUCUAACCGCGCUUUUGAAACUCUCGGAUGUUAAGAGCGUUGAUGGGAAGACGACUCUGCUUAACUUUGUGGUGGAGGAAGUGGUUAGGUCGGAAGGAAAACGCUGCGUUUUGAACGGACGAAGCAAUAGCUUAACACGAAGCAACAGUAACAGAAGUAGUAGUAGUAACAACGCUCCUCAAGCUAUGUCUAAAGAAGAGCAAGAGAAAGAGUUCUUGAAACUUGGUCUUCCCAUUGUCGGAGGAUUAAGCUCUGAGUUCUCAAACGUGAAGAAAGCUGCAAGUGUAGAUUACGACACGGUUGUUGCGACUUGCUCGGCUCUUGCGGUUAGAGCGAGAGACGCGAGAAAGGUGAUUGCACAGUGUGAAGUAGGACAAGGAGGGAGGUUUGUGGAGAAGAUGGUGGCGUUUCUUGAUUCAGUAGAGGAGGAAGUGAAGACGGCGAGAGAAGAAGAGAGGAAAGUUAUGGAGCUUGUGAAGCGGACAACGGAGUAUUAUCAAGCAGGAGCUAGUGUUAAGGGGAAGAAUCCUCUUCAUCUGUUUGUUAUUGUGAGAGAUUUUCUUGCCAUGGUUGAUAAAGUAUGCUUGGAUAUUAUGAGGAAUGUGCAGAGGAGGAAGAUCAUGAGUUCUCCUGAGUCGCCUUCCACGCAGAGGAAUGCUGUGAAGUUUCCAGUUUUGCCUCCUAAUUUCAUGUCGGACAGGUCUAGGAGUGACUCUAGUGAAUCGGAUUCUGAUAUGUGAGAGGAGUUAAUAUUUGUUAUUUGUAAAUAAUAGAAUGAUUGAGUUAUUGAUUUUUAUUGAAAGGUAUUGAAAUGUUGAUAGAUUUAUAUGAUAAAGGAAUUUUGGUUUAUGACAUUUCAAUGUUUAUGAACAUGUCUUCUAUAACCCGGACUAGGUUGGUAUACAUCUCACCAAACAUAGCUCUGUUAUGUGAGUGUGAACUUAGCUUUUUUUAUCCAUCUUUGUUGAGUUUCUGAAUUUUCUCAACGUGGAGUAUAAAAUAACUGAGCUUUAGAGGAAGUAGUUGUUGGUUUUGGUUAUGAACAAAGCCUAAUGUAAGAGGCUUUGUACUUCUUUUUUU